AUGGCGACAGCGCUGGCGCUGCAAGAUACAUGUGCAGAUGUAUAUGCAGAUGCAGAUGCAAGUAAAGAAAAAGAUGAAGAGCAAGAGGAAAAGGAAAAGCCAGACGGAGCUGGAGCUGCAACUGGAACACCGUACCCAAUCCCCCGACACAUGCAUUUCUCCUCGUAUUCACAGCUACCGGAGAUACACAUGGACGGUCGGGCUCAAGCAGCGGAGCGCAGUCAAGUUGUAAUGGCGAUGCCGACAAUGGACCAAGGAUGCGGGACUCGCUGUGUUUCAGGGCCGUCUUGCGGUAUACAUGUGAUUGUACUGUGUGUGGGAGCUGUGUUGUUGGGCGUUUGGGUGCUGGGGUUCGUGGUGUGGCGGUGGAGAGGGGGAGUGGGGAGUGGAGAAUGUGAGGGGGAGGAUAAAGGAUCGUGCUAUUCUUCUUCUUCUUCUUCAUCAUCAUCAUAUUCUUCCUCGAUUGACGACGAAGACGAAGACGAAGACAAAGACAAAGACAAAGACCAACCCCAUCAAGACGAAGAACCGCCAAGCAAACAACAAAACACUGAUACCGUCGCACAACCACCACCACACACUCUCGACUCUAUCCAAGAAAACAUCCCGGUAAUUCACACCCUACCAUCACCCCUACACCUGCAUCAAACCAGCACACCGCCCAUCCGUCCGUUUUCACCCAAAUCCACAUUCUUCACUCGGCCUUCUCGCGAGAAACAAUAUAUACAUAGUGAUUUGCCGUUUCGGACUGGUAAACCAGUAGACGCUUCUUCUGUUGGUACGGCGCAGGGACAGAGUCUAGGUACUGGGGAUACGGAUGGCAUGGAGGAGGCUCUUGGAGCAGGUACUGCAGGGCGUAGCAGUGCGGUAAUGGGGGUGCUGAAUUCCGGGGCAGUGUGGCGUGGGAGGCUGGAUGGGCUUGUGAUAAGGACGAAGCGCUGGGUGGCAGGGGAGGGCGAGGCCGGGGUUGGGGCUUUGUUGCCUGUUGGGCGGUCGGAGGGGUGA